AUGGCCAAACUCAUCUCGGUUGUCAAAGCAAACAAAAACCAUGUCAACAAUAUUUCAAAGCUCACAGCCAGAUUAAUGGCUCCUUAUACAACUCUUGCUGGUCCUCCAGAGCUGAUCAGAGACCGUUUCGUGGUUGCCAAUAAUUUCGAGAAUGAGGCAGCCACGACAACAAUGAGACCCCCAAAUCUCUUCCCGAUUUAUGGUAACCCCUGCCUUGAUCUCUUUUUCAAAGUUGUGGAACCAUCCAAGUAUAAGGACUUCGGCGUCAAGGAAAAGAAGAUAUCAGAGAUGAAGGCCGAGGUGGAGGCCUCCUGUACAUAUCUCAAGCAAAUGCUGCCGCUGGCAUGGUCCCACAAUCCUCUAACCACCCUCAAGCUCAUCUUCAACCUACUAGAUGAAAAAAGCUUUUACCAAGCGUUCCACACGGCGGCGGUUUGGCUCCACCACAACCACCCCAAGACCCUAUUGUGUAACGUUCCGAAUAUUGAGUUGUUCCAUUGUUUGUUUUUCCCUGUAGAGAUUCUGUACCGCCUUCUAGAAGACGGAGACCAACACCGGAGGAUGGAGCCCCUUGCGAAAAUGAUCAACAAGGCUGUUGAGAGGUACGAGCAUGACCCAGACUAUCACUUGCUGUACGACCAGGUUAUGGAUCUUUUUGUCGAGCACUUGAAGUCUGAUAUUCAAAUAUUGAAGCGAAAAUGGAAGCAAUCUGAUGAUAUUAAUGAUGAUGCCCAAGUAUCCGACGCUGCAAACUCUUGCCUUUUCAGCAACUCCCAAGACGUCCACAUCAUACGCUCCGUUUUGUUGUGGGAAACCAUUGCGAGGAAGGUUUUCCCGCGAGAAUCGUACCCGGAAUACCAACAUCUUGAGGAGGCUGAUUACAUGAGCAAAAUCCGAGACCGGCUCAGGAAGGAGGUUUUGGUGCCCUUGAACAAGGCCGAGCGUUCUCAAUGCAGCAACCGUUCACGAAAAGCUGGUGCGGAUGAGACCUAUUUGAAGGAGGUGAAAGCAGACAAGUGCAAGAUUGAGGCAGAUGCUUUGCUUCCACAUAAGAUCUUAGCCUUUGCUGAUGACCCCAAUCUCCAGAAGGUGGCUGAGCUUCAAUGGAAGACAAUGGUGGAGGACAUGAAAAGGCAAGGUAAAAAUGGAAAGAAGACACUCAGCAACUGCUUGGCUGUAUAUGACGACGACUCUGAAUUCCAUUUUAGGCAAGGGAUCCGGAUGGACGCUUCGGUGGCUUUGACACUUUUGAUGUCUGAACUGAAUGAAGAGCCAUGGAAAGGAAAGGUGAUCAAUUUCAGUGAGUCACCUCAGCUAUACUUUAUACAAGGCAAUAAUCUUAUGAACAAGUGCGAGUUUGUCAGCAACAUGCACAAGGGCCAGAACCUUGAUUUUCAGAAGGUGUUUGAUUUGAUUUUGGAAGUGGCUGUGAAUGAGAAUUUGAAGCCAGAGCAUAUGAUCAAAAAGGUAUUUGUGCUCACAGAAUACAAACACUUUGAAGAUGCUUCCAACAACAGCUGGAAGACUGAUUAUGAGGCAAUACAGAGCAAGUUUAAGGAGAAAGGGUAUGGGACUGCGGUGCCACACAUAGUGUUUUGGAGGUUCGAAAGUUUGCACCAUGAGUCUAGGCCGGUGAUGCCUUCCACAGAACCAGGGGUGACGCUUUUGAGUGGCUUGUCCAGCAAUUUGAUCAAGUUGUUCUUGGAGAAUGGUGGAGAAAUUGGCCCCGACCAAUUCAUGGAAUCAGCCAUCUCUAGUAAAAAGUUUCAGAAGCUGGUUGUAGUAGACUGA